AGAUUGAUUCCAAUUUGACGAAUCCUUAACUCAAAAUUAUUACUUUCCAAACAUCUUUUCUUGGCUGUUUAUAUUUAUUACAUUAUUUUCAUUUUUCGUUCUUCUUUUUCUAGUUACUCUUUCCCUGCCUAGAAAAGGCUAUAAACGAUGGCAAUCCGCAAGUUUGAGUUGGAGGCCAAACUCAAAGAUGACAACAAGCUCAUCCGCACGGGGGUCAUCCGCAACGACCACCCCCUAGACUCGUCCCCGGAAUUUCUGGAUUUUUUGCAAGCCUGCCGGAGGGGUGAUUUGAAGACUUGUCAGGAACUAAUCUCAGCCGGCGUCAACAUCAACGCCAAGGACAAUUAUGAUUAUACCCCGCUCGUUGUCGCCAGUUUGUGCGGUCACUAUGAGUUGGUUCAGUUACUCCUAGAAUCGGGGGCUUUGGCCGAUCCCGACUCCUUCGAGCGGGAACGAGCCGUGUACAACGCGCUCAACAACAAGAUCAGAAACCUACUCCUGUCUUACGACUACUCCAAGUCGGCAGAUCCCUUGCAGCCAUGGUCCUCCCACGUCACAUCGCUGCUGGUCCGUGACAACCCCUCAACAUCUGACAUCACCCUCUCCGCCCCGACAGAGGACUUCCGCCUCCACAAAUUCAUCCUCUCCGCCAGGUCGCCCUAUUUCAUGCGUAAAUUUGCCGAUGCUCCAGAGACCGUCACUUGGAAGUUGCCUCACGCCAUCCCUGUCGAGGCCUUUAGGGUCGUACUCCGGUAUCUGUACCUCGGUGACCUACCCCGCGACUUUGUCGGCCCAGGGAGCGUUGUUAGCGAGGAGGAAGUCUUCAGGGGCGUUGAUAAGCUGUGUAAGCAGCUCGAGGUCGAGAAGCUGUGGGAGGCCGUCUUGUCCAUCAAUGACCGCCGGUUGGCGAGGCAACGUCAACAGGAUGAAGUUCAGCGCGCCCAGGACCAAGUGGAUGGGUUCUUUCACGGUACAGUACUAAAGCACAAGGUCGAAGUCGACACCCGCCGAGCCGGCGACGUCAAGUGGCCCCGUCACAAUGCCAUAUUUGCCGACUGCCUCCUGAGGGCGGACGAUCAACCAGAGGGCGAAGACGAGAGAAACACCGAAACUCCCUCCGACGGAACCGCCAUCCCGAUCGGCCCGGCAGGGGAAACCACACCUAAAAAUGGCACCUCCUCAAAACCAUCCGGCCGUUCGGUGCUCUUCCCGGUGCACAAGCCUUUCCUGAUACGCAGCCCCUACUUCGAAACCAUGUUCUCCUCCGACUUCCUGGAAGCUCACGAGGCGGACCACCUCCACGUCAUCAAAGUCGACUGCACCCCCGCGGUCCUCGAGAUCAUCCUCCGCUUUCUUUACACGGAGAAAACUGACUGCCCGCUUGAACACGCGCUCGAUCUCCUCUACGCCGCCGAUAUGCUCUUGCUCGAAAAGCUCAAAACCAAAGCCGCCGUCACCAUCUCCACCCUCGGCAGCGGCACCAGCAACGCCCUCGUCGACCGCACGCACAACAGCCACCCGGACAUGCCCACACCCACACCCAACGAACAACUCCCUCCCCCCUCAACCGGCGAAGCCAGCCCCGCACCAGCACCCGCAACACCGGCCGUAGAAAUAGAGCCGAUCAACGUCUACGACGUGAUCCGCGCCGCCUGGGACCUCAAGGUCCAGCGCCUCGAGGAGUUCGCCGCCCGCUACCUGGCCGGCCGCCUCGAGGACUACAUCGACGAGGCCGAGUUCGCCGACCUGAUCCGCGAGAGCGCCGACCGCAUCCAGGCCCGCCAGGAGACCGACACCAUCGAGCUGCUGGACGACAUCCGCUACUACCUGUCCGAGCGUUUUCGGUUUCGGUUUGAGGGGGAUGGGUUGGAGGAGAUGUUGGAUGAUGGGUCUGAUGGGUUUGAUGGGGGGGAUGAUGGGGGCGAAGGGAAAGGGGUGGCGGUGGAUGCGGAAGGUGUGGAAGUGAGCGGUGGGCAGGCGGGCGGCGUGAAGACGUUGAAUGGGAAGGUGGUUGAGGACGAGUUUGCCUCGGAUGCGGUGAAUUAUCAGAUCUUGCAGGAGAAGAUUGAUAGGAUGUUGGAGGAGUUGAAGUUGGAUGCGUGAGGGAGACUUUGGAUAUGAGCAUGAUGCGUAGGAGAUUAUGGAUAGAUUGAUCGUUCUGCAUCAGCAUUAGUUAGAACUACAGCGAUAAAUACACGCAUAUUUCUUUUGUUUCGGUAGGGUCACU